CGGUGCGGCUCCGGGGCGGGGUCCGGUGACGCCGGGCAGUGCCGGGCGGGAGCCGCCGCGCUCCCGGUAGCCAUAGCGGCGGCGCUGCCUGCAGUGACGGGAGCAGGCGGGGGGGGGCGGACAAAAGGGGCCCGAGCCCGCACCUCAGCGGCCCCGGAGGAAUUGCCAAAAUGCUUUGGAAUUCUUAAACGCUUCAAAACCUGAAGUCCCUGAGGAUACAAAAUCAUAAGAACCCAAGAAGCAGCAAGGAGGAUUCAGUGCCAAUGCAGCAACAAAAAAGACAGCCAGAGUUAGUGGAAGGAAAUCUUCCUGUUUUUGUUUUUCCUACAGAACUUAUAUUUUAUGCAGAUGACCAGUCAACACACAAGCAGGUGUUGACUCUAUAUAACCCCUAUGAGUUUGCCUUAAAAUUCAAAGUUCUUUGUACAACUCCAAACAAAUAUGCCGUGGUUGAUGCUACUGGUGCAGUGAAGCCUCAGUGCUGUGUUGAUAUCGUGAUCCGUCACAGAGAUGUUCGGGCUUCUUACUUUGGUGUGAUAGAUAAAUUCCGUCUGCAAGUGUCUGAGCAGAGCCAGAGGAAAGCAUUAGGGAAAAAGGAGAUUAUUGCAACUCUGCUUCCAUCUGCAAAGGAACAACAACAACAAAAGGAAGAGGAGGAGAAGAGAAUAAAAGAACACCUGGCUGAAAGUGUCUUUUUUGAGCAGACUUUGUGUCAACCAGAAAACAGAACUGCCUCGUCGGGACCUAGUUUACUAACAGUCUUCCUAGGAAUAGUGUGUAUUGCAGCACUAAUGCUACCUACAUUGGGGGACUUGGAAUCCCUGGUGCCUCUCUACCUCCACUUAAGUGUGAAUCAAAAGUUAGUAGCUGCUUAUGUUUUAGGCUGGAAGAACAGUGUCACUAAACUCAAUUCUCCUGCCCCACUACCUGGCACAAAUGAGGAGUUACAGGAAAGGAGCUAGGCAGCUUCAGACUGAUAGCUAGAGGUCUCAUCACCAUGGUUAUUUUGAGAACAUGAGCAAUGAGUUACUAGGAUGUCAAACACCUUACUGUAUAUUCACAUCAUGAAUGUGGACUGCCUUUUACUCCCAUUUGGCGCAUUAAGAUGCUAGCAAACCCGUUCAGUGAUUUCAGAUCCCUUCAGAAGUGUAAUAUAUUUUAACUAUGUAUAAUAAACGAAAGACUCAAAGCACUUUUGGGUGCUUCUGUAUCAGACAGCUACGAAAUGUUCAGUGAUACCUGUGAAAAUCACUUGGAAAACUUUUAUAUCUCCGCCUACUGUACAAAAUCCUUAUUAAAGCAACCUUUGUUAUUUUUA